UAACUCAGUUUGCUAUCUGAGCGAAAAUUGAACGGCACCAACACGAAGACGGACGGGGGAGCCACUGGUGUGUUACUGCAAGCUCGCUCUCCAGUUUUAUCCAACCAGAUGGAACGCACGACUCACAAAUAGGAGCCCUCUACGUUUGCUUAGACCAUGAGCGAUGAGUCACCUCUACUAAAGAGUCUAACCGAAAACUCCACUGAGGUGCCUGUGGUGGCAGGGAGCAGGGAUAGCUAUGCGCUGCUGCUGGUCUUGCUGUGUGUGUUCGCCGGCGGGACCGUCCUGCUGCUCACCAUCCUGCUCAUCUUCUGCCACCGCUGCUUCCCAGGGGGCCGGCGCUACUCCAGGGCCAGUGAUGACCUAGAGAAGACCAACACCACCUAUGUGGAGGAGACCCAGCCCAGCCAAGAUAUUACCAUCAGGCUGGAGGGGGUGGACGGGCUGUCGGCCGCAGGUUGCCAUGGCGAUGUGGAGGCGGAGGGCUUCCUGUCUGCGGUGUCCACAGGGCGGCGCGUCUCCUUUAACGAGCAGGCCAUCUACGAGCAGAGCAAGAAGAGCCAGGAGAAAGGACGCCGGUAUACUCUGACGGAGGGUGACUUCCACCACCUGAAGCGAGCUCGUCUCACACACCUCCAUAUCCCUCCACCAGCCCUCAACAUCCUCACCAUCAUGGAGUCCUCAGAAACCAGCAUCCAGCAGCCCAUGGAGGAGGGCCUAAGCUGGUCUCCUCAGAGCCCUAGUGGUGGUCUCCCAGGCGACACUCUCAACUCUGUACUGGACACCAGUUUCACUGAGAGCCUCCCCAGCCUACCAGCGGAGGCAAUGGGGGAGAGAGGGUGGACUAUGGGAGGCCCUCGGGCUGACGCGGACCCGGAGGUCACCAGGUCGUCGUCAGGGGCGACGGUCGCCACGGGGCAGGGUUUCACUAAGAUGUUCCUGACCAAGCUGCGGAGACAUACCAGUCUGGAGGGGGCCAGUCCCUACCUGCGCAUGAAGAGAUGGAGACUGGACCGCAACCAGAGGGCAGCCAGCCUGGACAUGAGAGGGUCUCCUAAGAGGAGGGCGUUCCAGAGGCAACGUGCAGCCAGUGAGACUCUUGAUCACGAGGAGGCGGAGUCUCCUGCGGUGGGUGGGGACUUUCUGUGCUCCCUGGCCCCGCCUCUGCUUCCAGAUCCCGCUUCCUGUCCCAGACGCCUCUCUGCCGGGUCCCUCCCCUCCCCAACUCUGGGCAGGCUAGAGGUGGAAGCGGUGAUGGAGCUCAGCUCAGGGGCAGAGCCUGAGUUGACCUUUGACCUCCCCGUGACCCUGACCAUAAGGUCACACCCUGUGGGGGAGGAGAACGGGCUGGAUGCGGGACACGAGGACGACGAGCUGGAAGACGAAGAGGAGGAGGCUGAGGAUGAAGAUCAGGAGGAAGAGGGAGGUGCGCUGGGAGCCUCUGGAGGAGGCGCAGCAGCAGGUGGAGGACAGGGUGGGCUCCGUGGCUGGGGGGGUCCGGGGGGGCUUCUGCGUCGGAGGACAGAGGGGGCUGCGGACGGUGGAGGUGACACAGCGGAGCCGACCCCAUACCGUGACAUCUGGAGUCUGCGCGCCUCCCUGGAGCAGUACGCCUCCUCCGACCUGAGCUCCAACGACCGCGACUCAACCCGCAGCGAAGCCGACAGCCUCUCAUCACUAGGGGGUGCUGGGAAGGCAGGGGGAGGCGCAGCAUCGGGAGCAGGGACAGGUUCGGGGACGGCUGCUAUGAUGUUCCAGUCGCAGGACAUCGACGAGGAGCUCCCGUACGACGAGCCUCCAGCAGUGACGGAACUCAGGGAGGAGGAAGAGGAGGAGGAGGACGAAGAGGAGGAGCGGCACAGAGAGAGGAGGCGGCGAGGAGGAAGAGGAGGAGGUGGGGGCGACAGCGUGGACUCGGAGCGAGGGGGCAGUGACGGGGAGGCGGGUGGCAGGAAGCUGCUGCAGAUGGACAGCGGCUACGCCUCCAUGGACGCUCCGCCCCUCGCGGGAGGAGGAGGUGGCGGAGGAGGGAAGACGGCGUCGGAGCGUCGGCGCUACUUCACCUGCACCGGGCGGAAGGGGACGGUGUGUGAGAGCUUCGAGGCCCGGCUCCUGCAGGAGGAUCCCGACGAGACGGAACUGGAACUGGAACUGGAGUCCGAGGAGAACCACGCCGAUGUGGAACCCGAGAAGCUCUCGCUGGCGGCAGCCGCGCCCGUGGCCGUCAUCCCCAAAGAGCCGCGGACCUUGCCCAUCGUCAAGUCCCCACUGGCCCAGAAGCCCUGGCUCUAUCGUCGCCGUGACUACAGCAUCGACGAGCGCACCGAGGCCCUCUUCAACGAGUUCCUGCGGCACGACCCGCGCCUGGACCCGCGUCCGCACCACCACCAUUCGCGCUCCGCGCGCUCCUCCCGCCUGCACCUCCGUGCCCAGUGGCAGCGCGCCAAGCAGCACAGCGACCCUGGGGGAUCCGCCGCCUCAGCCACCGCCCGGCUCUCGCCCUCCCUGGAGCGCCUCCGCUGGGGGCCACUGAGGAGGGGGGAGAGCGCUGGCUACCCGCUGGACGCCUCAACGCCCACCGCCACCGCCCGCUACCAGCUCCACCACCACCACCAUCACCACCACCACCUGCAUGGGCCCCUGCCCCGUAUCGCCAGUGCAGCUGACGAGGAGAAUAGCGAGGGGGGAGAGGAGGGCACAGAGGAGCCCAAGAGCGCCUCAGGGAGCGUGGACGAGCAGGACACGCUGGAGCUGGAGGAGGAGCAGGUGGAGGUGAGGGGGGACAAGGUGGAGGACAACUGCAGCAACAACAACAGCAGCAGUAGCAGCAGCAGUGGUGGUGGUGACAUCCAAAGCACAGUCAUGCACUCGGAGCAAGGAUAUGAGAGCAUGGAGGAGAUGGGAGGUCUGAGCGUCAUCCCCACUCCUGGUCCAGAGCAUUGUGGGACCCUGGAGGACCCUGGGUUGCUGGCAGCCGAUAAGAUAGCUGCCAACCUGGAGGAGAGGCUGUACGGUGGCCUGCGAAGGACACACUGUGUCCAGGAGCAAACGGUGGUGGUUGCCUGCGCAUCUUCAGAUGACAUGACCGAGUAGAGAGGCAAAUUAGAAGAAAGACUCAGAUUAGGAUUGCGUUUGGGAUUGGGUUUUUGCUGGUAUAGAGACUAGGACUUGGAUUAGGGUUUGUUGGUGCUUGCCGGACUGCCACCCUGACCCUAACCCCACUCUGCCAGUCUCUUCAUGACCCGUCACCCAACUACCCCCCUUCACACACCCGUGUGACGGAGCCCACAGCAUGUGUCUGCCCUGACGGAGGCUGUGUUCAGAAACAGAUCGGGCUCAGAACUUCCACAUCUCCUCCUGACCUGGACUGUCCUCUCGAGACCGGAAUGCUCUCCAGUCUGUCGGUCCGACCUGCUCCUCGCCCCUGGCUCUGUGCACAGCUCCAGGAGUACAGUAGGGUGUGGUGGCGUCCAGAAGGCCCCAACCUGUGCCCUCGCAUGCUUCUGCAUGGGCCGGCAUGCUCUCGGCUCAGCAGAGGGAGACUGACUGCUACUGAUGGCCAUCUCUCACUGAUGGUGUCCGGUCACUGAUGGUGUUCGGUCACUGAUGAGAGACUGUGUGUGGGCAUCGGUCUCCUGUGUGGGCUGUUCCCUCAUGCUGGCGUCCUUGCGCUGACCUCUCUGUGAAGUCAUUGUGAAAUGCACAGGAAUGGGAGUGACUAAGGACAGAGAUCAAAUCCCCGCUACUCCCCGAAAUGCCCCUGGAACCUCAGCCAGCCCCCCCCCCCCC